GAUGUUAUUAUCCAAGUUGAACCAAGAGUUAUUUACCAACAAAAUUGGAAUAAAAAAACCGAUCAUACACAUUACCGAAAUCAGAAAGUUUUAGAGAAACUUACAGACUCCGGUUUGGAUCUGAAAUGGGAAGGAAACAGAGAUUAUAGCGAUGGAAAAGAGUCAGAAUAUCAAGGUUUAUUUAAUGAUCUGUUGUGGUAA